AUUAUUUUUAUGUUUUAAAUUUUAAAGAUGGAAGACGAGCUUGAAGACCGUGUUAUUUAUCAAACUUAUAUUUCGCACAUGAAAUUAAUUUCUAAAUUGGUGGUUGGGGUGCCAUUAAACCCAGCACCUAUCAGUUACAUGUGGAGGUUAUUUCGGAUAUACGUUUUUAAGCCAGAAAUAUUAAUUUUUAGUGCUGUAUUCUUUGUUAUUAUUUUUUAUUUGCAGGCAGUAGAUGUGUGGAGUCGCAAUUUGCUCGGUAGGCUGCAAUAUACCAUCGGACGGUCAACUUCGAAAGUCCAGCGUUUACAGUAUUUCGUCAAUGGUUCGGUAUCGAGUGGAGAACACCUGAGCUGGGAGUUAAAGGAAGGUAACAUCGCUGCUUAUGCUGUCCAGGGCAGACGCCCUCGAAUGGAAGAUCGCUUUGUUGUUGAGGAAGAUAUCAACAAAACUGGUGUUUCUUUAUAUGCCGUGUUUGAUGGCCAUGGGGGAGAGUUUGCGGCAAAUUUUGCGAGGGACAAACUAAUCAAGAACGUGAACAGAAAAGUGGCGGAACUGAAGCAGCUGGUCGCGGAGGGGGCGCACCUGAAAAAGCCACUUUAUCAGAGUGUGACCGGCAGCCCCCAGGCUCGACGCUCCGCGAAGACGGAGCAGCCGGCGAGCGCCGCGCGGAAGCAGAGCUUCAGGAAGACGCCGAGCGCGUCGGCGACGGACGAGUGCGCGAGGAAAGGCGCGGGCGUGACGGACCCGCUGCUGCUGAGCCGGCUGGACGCCCUGUCGCGCCCGAUCACCCGUGAGGUGCGUCCCACGCGGCCGGAGGACCUGCACGCUGCCGAGGUGCCCGUACACACCUACCUCGAGUCCAGCGGCGGCAUCAACUACGGCCGCCUGCUCACGGACGAGGUCCUGGCCGUGGACCGGCUGUUGGUCGAGGACGCCAAGAAGAGCAUGGAUGUGGCAGGCACCACAGCCUUAAUAGCACUGGUUGAAGGUUCUCGACUGGUGGUGGCAAAUGUUGGCGACUCGAGGGGAGUAAUGUGUGACGGCAAAGGCAAUGCCAUUCCGCUGUCGUUCGACCACAAACCACAACAGAUGAGAGAGAGGAAGCGUAUCACAGAGGCUGGUGGAUUCAUCACAUUCAAUGGGGUGUGGCGCGUGGCAGGCAUCCUGGCCACUUCGCGGGCUCUCGGGGACUAUCCGCUCAAGGACAAGAAGCUGGUCAUAGCGGACCCGGACAUCCUGACCUUCGACCUCGACGAUCACAAGCCCUUGUUCCUCGUGCUGGCGUCGGACGGCCUGUGGGACACAUUCACCAACGAGGAGGCUGUGGCUUUCAUCAAGGAGCGCAUCAACGAGCCUCACUUUGGAGCAAAGAGCAUUACUUUGCAGUCAUACUACAGGGGUUCCUUGGACAACAUCACCGUUGUCGUUAUCAAUUUCAAAGAACGCAAAUGGAGUUACGUGUCUGUCAAGAAAUCAUGACUCCUUACUCCAUUUGGAGGCUUUUGUCAAUUGAUGAAAUAACCCUUCAGUAUCACUUUCAGAAAGUUUUUGUGAUCUGAAAGAAGAAUAGCUUUAAUUUUUGUGAGAUUUGAUAUUUUUAAAAGUUGUAAACUAGUGUUUACAUUUUUUGGAAAUAGUUGUCAUUUUUUGGAAAUAGUUAAGUUAGGCAAUAUUAAUAGAUAAAGGUGCUUGUUUGUUUAAAAAAUGGUACCAAAGAAUUUCAAAGAAUUUGUCUAUAGUAACCCACUUGAUGUGGUAUUAGUUCCAGAAGAAAAUAUUUUUGUGAAAGGUUAUACACAUUUUAAUUAGAGGUUGUGAAAUAUUUCAAUUGCUAUUGUUGUUGUGAUGAUGUUAACCUUCCUCAGCUGGGGGCAUGUAUCUCAGUCACGCACCAAAGAUAAUGUAUAGUUGAAGUUUGUUAUGAAGUUGUGGAGGUUUUUCAGUGACUAUGCAACAAUCAUUAUGUAGGUACAAAUGCUGUGCCAAAGUUCUGACUGAUGAACUGUAUUUGCUCAUAUUAGUAGACGAAAGUCUUUUGAGUGUUGUAGCAAGUCAACAUACAAAAAGCAUGUACAGUAGGUCUUUUGAAAUUUCCGACAGAUCUAAUUUUUGAUGUACUUCUCACUUUUUCUCGUACAAAAUAUAAUUUUUUUUUUGUGAAA